AUGGACACUCAGGACCAGCAGCCUAAUUCAAAAGAACUUCAAGAGAGACUUCAAGCUCUGACCGAAGAAAAUUUCCAGCUACGUGAGAAGAAUGAACGCCUCUUUGCCAAAGUGGGCUACCUGGAGAGCAGACUGGGCCACCUGGCUGGCUCCAACACAGACCUGUCCUGCAGGCUGGUCCGGAGUGAAGAGGAAAAACUAAAGAUAUCGAAGGAGCUGGUGGAGGAAAAGAUUCAGACCAACAGGAUGAGAGAGCGAUUUGAGGAGGAGGCGUUUGAGCUGAAAAACAAGAUAUUGAACCAAAACAGCGUGAUAACAGAGCUGGAGCUGCAGCGAGACAAACUGUCCAGGGGACUUCAGUCGGCUGACGCUCGUCUGACGGCCGGAGAGAGAAGCGGCCGAGACCUGACGGAGGACUUCGCCGCUCUGAGGAAGAGCUACCAGGUUCUGGCCCAGGCCCACGACAAAGAGCUGAGCCAGGGCGAGGAGCUGAGUGUGGAGCUGCUGGCUCUGGCCCAGGCCCAGGACGCCCUCCGCAGGCAGAUGGAGGAGCAGCAGCGGAAUGUCACGACCAGCACGCAGGGGCUCCAUGGAGAGCUGGACAGGGUGCGGGCCUUGAUCAGCCGCAUGUCACAGAACAGAGUCAAGACUGAAGAUUUGGCAGCGUUGGACAAGGAACAAAAAACUAUGAAAGAAACUCUUCUUGGCAACCAGGAUGAAAUGAAAGAGAUGCUGGAGAAGCUGAAAGAUGGUUACAUGGAGCAGCAGAGGAACCUGGAGGAGAAACUGGCGGCCGUGAGCAAAGAGCACCAGGAGAGCAGGGGGGUGAUCCGUGACAGCCGGGUGAAACUGUCUGAGCAGAAUGCGGCCCUGAUGUGCUCUCAGAGCCAAGCGAAGGAGGCAGAAGAAGAAAACUCAAAGCUGCAGCUUCAGGUCAAAGAGCUGAACGAGGAGUUCCGGUCCCGGCUGGUGUGCUAUGUGCAGGACUUGGCGGACUACAUUGAUGGAGUCGGAGAUGGGAAACCUCCCUCAGAGGGAACUAAGAUGAGGGUGUUUGUGGAAAACCUGCUGCAGGAUGUGCGUUCCUCCUACCGGGCCAGAGAGGAGCAGCUGGCUUCUGCUGCUCGCUCCUACAAGAAGAGACUGCAGAAGGUCACUAAGACCCAUCAUGCACUGCUCAUCGCAUACAGGGUUCAGAGGGAGCAGGUGUUGGGCAAACCAGAGUGCGGACUUGACCCCGGACUUCCAGAGGCCAGUUUCAGCCUGGAGCUCACUGAGCUGAGGGAGGAAAGCGAGAGCGAGCUGCAGCGUGUCCGUCAGGACAAGGCGCGGCUGGAGGCUCAGCUGCAGGCGGCCCUGGAGCAGGUGGCCGCCCUAAAGAUGCCUGCUCAGAAUUCCAGAUGUCUGGAGCCGGUGAAAGUGGAGCAGACAUGUGAGGAACCCUGGACGGUCGUGAGGACACAGCUAAAGGAGAUCACAGACUCUACGCUGGUAAGCUUUGAGAAGGAGCGAGCUCUUCUCAUCACCAGGGCGACAGUUGCAGAGGCGCAGGUGUCUGAGUUGCAGGACUACGUCAACAACCACCUGGGCAGGUAUAAGGAGGAGAUCACACAUCUCCAAAGACUGCAUGGCAAACAGGAGGGAGGGCGAUCCCAGAGUGCUAAUUCAUCUCUCCACUAA